AUGAUAACAUAUCGACUAUUAUUCACAUUACUUCUCCUUAUAAAUUUGUAUGUCUCAACGUGUCAUGGUGGAGCUGCUGGUUUUGCUGCUGGACUAGUUUCUUGUAAUGCUGGUUGUCAGGCUGCUUACUGGGCUUGUAUAGCGGCAGGCGGUUCUCUUUCAUCACUCAUUACCGGUGGUUUAGCUCUCCCUGGUGUUGUAGGAGCUUGUACAGUUGGAGAAGCUGCGUGCAUGGCAGCAUGUGUGGCAACUUUUACUGUGGCUACUGGACCGAUUUAA